GGUAGCAGACGACAGCGCGUGUUGUUUUGAUUAAUAACAGUAUGCGAUUCUCCUGGCGUGGUAAAAUGGAUACCUGAUACUAGCUUCGUGACAACUUAUAGGGGAGACAGACCUUACAAUGUCUCGGAUGCAUUCAACAGCGAGGGAGGUUCUUCUCGAAAGCGGCGAGUUAAUGUCUAGCUGGGAUUUCACGUUGAAGGCUUCCCACUGAGGGACGGUAUCCGUUAAUGCUUUCACAGCACAAUCAAGCAUGGACGGAUAAUGACGACUCUUCCUCGUGUGAUGAUCAAGAAUAUGAACCGAAGGGUUACAGUCAGAAGAAUUCGAACAGAAAGGACAAGCUGAUGUGAAGAAAAGAUUUUUGUGAAGUUUUAUGACAAACGCUUACGCUAUGGAGGAGGAGGGGGAGUUUCAUGUUGCUUUUGUGGUCGUGGCAUCAAUAAUAUUAAUAUCAGAAUUUCUGUUUGGACUUGUGUUCAAUAUUGUUGUACUUGUUAUCAGUCUUAAAUCCUUGAAAAACGCUGAUGAGCGCGGUAACACGUUCAUAUCGAAUCUGAACGUCGUCGACGUGGUGAUAUGUCUGACAGCUGUUCCCAUGACGUUGACAAUGGUUCUGACGUCCCGCUUCAAGGAUGCUCUGUUUUGUUUCUUCAUGGAGGGUAUAAUAUCGCUGGUGUGUGUGGCAAGCUCUAUGACAUUGCUGAUGAUUUGUCUCGACCGGUAUUAUGCUGUCGUGACGCCCACGAAACGACAGGUCUUCACAACGAAAGUCACAAUCGUCAUGGCCCUCAUAUGGAGUCUGGCCUUCUUCGCAUUCUGUACGCCAUUUAUCGGCUUUGACCAAUCAACGAUCAACAGUCUGAGUACAAAUAAGUCUUUAAGCUGCAACCAACUUAUGUCUUCCUUGGGGCCAUAUUAUUUCUACGAAUUGUUUUACGUCUUAACUUUUGCCAUCACAACUAUCGGGAUGAUCAUGUUUUUCGUCGCCAUCUUACGCGUUGCUCGGAAACGGGUCGCCAUUCAGGCUGCCGUUGUUGCGGUAUCGUUAUCAAGUCAGGACCAGUCUAGACGGGAAUUUGCUCGUGAUCAGGAACGGAAAAUACUACGCAUGUCACUGGUGAUUGUCGUGACGUUUAUGUGUUUAUGGGGUCCUCACGUGGCCGUCACUGUGGUUGAGAUGACCAUGGAAGGGGACUUAAAUCUGGAAACUGCCCAGUUGUGUUGUCAGGUGGUUGCAUACUUGACCACCAUUGCCCAUCCUCUACUGUACGCCUUCAUGCGUAAGAAGGUCAGGAAGGCGUUGCUCCAGAAGUUGACGCGGGAAGCCACCAUUGUCCCAAGUACAAGUUGAAGAACCAUAAUCACCGAGAUAAACUUACUGCUUGACGAACCUUGCGGUUAUUUGUCAAUACUAAGAUUUUCAAAGCCUGUGAUAUACCAUCAUGAACACACACUCAACCAAAUCAGUAUCAUGAACUACGGCACCAAAGAGUUCAAGCCCCGCAGAUGCCAACCGUUGUAGCGGAAAGUAAUUUAAACGUCUUUAACUUGACUUACUGACAUGUGGACUCGGGAAUUAUGAAAUGAUCGUGAUUAACCUAACGGUAAUAAGCUACGUACAUAUAGAUUAUAUGAAAAUGAACCAUCAACAAGUGAUUACGUGCGGUCUGUCCAAUAUCGGGACCAUCGCCGAGUGCUAUCUACAUUUAGAUUCGGUAGCUUCCCCUUAGCGAUGGAGACAGGCAGAAUUUCCAAGCCACCUAUACCUCUAAACGACAGAGUAUGCAAGUUCUACACGGAAAUUAAACAACAUACUGUGAUAGAGGAUGAAGCCCACUUUUAAACUGACUGCUACUUUUAUUCUGAUCUACGUUACAAGCGUGUGUGUGUAUGUGCGUGCUUGCGUGCUUGCGUGCGUACAUACGCGCGUGCGUCUGUGUUUACAUCUAAUCAUUUUCUACCAGGCAUACAUGUUUCCCAUAUGCCAGUAUGGCUGGGCAUUACACUGUUAUCCGUAUGUAACAUUGUAAUUUUAUUGUUGUGAGUUUAAUGCGAGACACAGAAAAACACUAUUUAUCUCUCUUAUCUCUCUCUGUAUCAGAGAGUAUAUACAUAAUGAUGAGUGUAUUUACUCCGAGUCCAAUAUUACAAACAAAUAAUAAUCCGUUUUAAAAGUUUCGUUUACGAUGUUGGCUGUGUAUACCUGAACUUGACUGAAUUCACAACCUGCCAAAGUAGUUUUUCAUAAAGUAUUGACUUGACAAUUAUUUUUGUCUUUAUUUAUGAAUAUGCUACCUGUGAUACAACUGACUUCAUGCGUAACAUUCCGACAAGACAUAACAAUGACAUAUGUCGGAGACGUGUAAUGUGGGUACUGUUAUAUAGAACACUGCUAAUAUAGCAUUUAGUUGACCUACAUUUUAUGAUAACUCUUAGACAUCUAAUUUCGCUUUUGUUGGGGUUCUAAUGAACUGUUGCUCUGAUCUUCAGAGAUUUCAUUGUAUGAUACCAGAACAUCG